AUGGAUAAUUAUCCAAGUGCACCAAAUGCUAAUCCAAUAGAAGAAACAGCAACUGAUUAUCUUCAAAUGCAUCGUAUUCCUGAACUCUUUCAUAAUCUUUCAGCAUCUAUAGUUUAUAACAGACCAGAUGAUCCAAAGGGGUUCAUGGUUGAUUAUCUUGAACAAUUAAAAAAAGCUCGAGCAACUGGUCUUCCAUUUCCAGCACUUGUUCAAGAUACAGAUCUAACAUCUGCUUUUCGUAUGCUUGAUCCUGUUGGACUUGGUUAUAUAACAUAUUCACAAUAUGCAUCUACGAUGGAAGCUCUCGGUAUAACAAAAUACAAUACAGCACCAACCGGCAAAGAUAAAGAUCAAAUUUCAUCUGAAACAUUUUGUCAAGAAGCGAAAAAACGACUUAAUGAAUUAAAUGCUACUUUUUUUGUUCAAUAA